AUGUCCGUCGUCAACACCGCCGUCGACACAAACUCCAAGGGCGGCCCCAUCGCCGACUUUGCCUUUGACGAGUCCCUCAUCGAAUGGACCGUCCCGAAAUCCGACUGGCUCGAGAUCCACGACAAAAACUUCGACGGCGUAGCUACUUCAGCGUACAUUUUCGAUGCGCAAGGCCGCGUGCUGCUCGUGCAAAGGGCUGCGCACGACAGCAUGCCGAAUUUAUGGGAAACACCCGGCGGCGCUGUCGAUUCAGGCGAUGACUCUAUCCUAGCGGGCUGUGCGAGGGAAGUUAGGGAGGAGGUUGGGCUUGUGGCGAGGAGGAUGAAGAGGCUUGUUACGGAGGGCGAGGGGAGGGGGAAGUGGAGUGUGUUUACGAAUAGGAGUGGGACGAGGGUGUUUUGCGGGUUUGCGUUUGAGGUUGAGGUUGAUGAGGGGGAGGUUGUGCUUGAUCCGGAGGAGCAUCAGGCUUUUGUUUGGGCGGGGGAGGAGGAGAUUAGGAGGGGGGUUGUUGGGGGGAGGAGGAUUGCGUUGAGUUGUUUGAUGGUGAGGAAUAGGUUGAUGGAGGCGUUUCGGCUGAGGAGGGAGGAUGGUGUGAAUGGGGUUUGA